GUUCUUGGUUUCAACCCGCGGCAGCGACGAGCUUUUUACAAUGCAGUGAUGCGAUGGGGCAUGCCUCCACAGGACACGUAUCAGUCGCAGUGGCUUGAAUUCGAAGCUUGUAAUGGGGAAUGGUCGAUGCCAGAAGUGCGCGAAACAAUGGCGCAGACACUGGAUGGAGAAAGGGAGGGCUAUUUAAGUAAGGCUGGCUCAAAAACAUCAAGUCGAAGUAAUACACCCGGUUUGAAAGAAGGUGCUGUUUCAUCAGGCGAAAACGCCGAUUCAAAAGUGGGCGAUGCGAAGCGCGAUGACGAGGGAGCACGGCCUGUAAAAAAAGAAAGCGAAUCAACAAAAGUGAUCAGAUCGAAGGGUCCACGGCCCUCUUUCAAAUUCAAUAUUGCCGAUGGUGGUUUUACGGAGUUGCAUACGCUUUGGUUGAAUGAGGAAAAAGCUGCCGUGCCUGGCAACGAAUUUGAAAUAUGGCACCGUCGACACGAUUAUUGGCUUUUGGUCGGAAUAAUCACAUAUGGCUAUGGCCGAUAUCAGGAUUUGCAGAAUGAUCCCCGCUUCGCUAUUAUCAAUGAACCUUUUGUUUCGGAGCAGGGGAAAGGCAAUUUCCUAGAAAUAAAAAAUAAGUUCUUGCAGCGCCGAUACAAGCUUUUGGAACAGGCGCUUGUGAUUGAGGAACAAUUGCGGCGAGCAGCUUACCUGAAUUUAUCUCAGACCAAUGCAGAUGGCACACAGCAGCUGAAUGAGCGUUUUGCGGAUAUCGAAAGCUUGGCGGAAAGCCACCAGCAUCUCUCCAAAGAAAGCUCCCAGGGCAACAAAAACGCAACUGUUGUACUGCAUAAGGUUCUGAACCAACUGGAGGAGUUACUGUCGGAUAUGAAGGCAGAUGUAUCACGGCUGCCUGCAACUCUCGCUCGACUGCGACCGGUAACGGAGCGUUUGGGCAUGACCGAGAGGGCUAUAUUAAGCCGGUUGACGACGCGCGAUCCAGAAGCUGCAUCAGGUAAAAGUCCAUUACCUCCGCCUGGUCCAUUUGUGACGCCCACACUGGGACAACAGCUUGCUGGAAUUCAACCCAAAUUUGCUGCGUUAUCAAGGCUCUCCGUGAACGAUACAUCCAGCGAAGUGAAAAAAGAACGUGUUCAAGAAGAAGGCGAAAAAAUUAAGAAAGAAAAGGAGCAAGAGAAAAACACCAAAAAGGAGGAGCAAAAAGACAUGACCUUUUCAGAAGAUGUGGCUGUUGAGAGUGUGGAAAUGAAGGACGAGACGAAUGGGGGCACAGCAGAAGAUGAGCCCAUGGAUUGCUCGGUCUCUGCAGUUGCUUCCACAGCUGAGAAAGCAGAAGAAAUCGAGGAAAUGCCGGUGCAGUCGAAGGCUGAAGUGCAGGACGCAGAAAUGCCCGAUGCAAGCGCAUGA